UGGGGGUGUGUUAAUAUCACACUGCCGGGAUUAACUGCUGACAGGCGAGGCGUUAGCUGCUAAUGCUAAUCUAGCUGAUGAGAAUAAUAACACAGCAAUGAAUCACCUCAUUAAUGAUGAACCAUGUGACCAUGCGGCUCUAUAUCCUAUGUGUACUACACAGCAUGCAUUUUAUUAUAUCUUGACAUGGGAUAUUACCACUGGUGGUAAAUUUGGAUAUACUUUAGAGUAGUCAGCGUACAGCUUGUAUGCCAUCUUGGCUUUACUGUCCACUGAAAAUGAGGCACAUUCUCCCCGUGCAUGCGUGGGUUUUCUCCGGGUACUCCAGUUUCCUCCACAAUCCAAAAACAUGCUAGCUUCAUUAGCCACUUCAAACUGUCCAUAGGUAUGAAUAUGAGUGUGAAUGGUUGUUUGUCUAUAUGUGCCCUGUGAUUGGCUGGCCACCAGUCCAGGGUGUACCCUAGGCCGCUGUAGCCAUGUGACCUGGGGCUGCACGAGUGCUACCGUCGCUGGGGAAACUGCAGCACUACCCAGUUUCUGGAGUGAAACGGCUUCAUUGUGUUUUUUUUACUCAAUGAUGGACCACAGCUGUCUGGUUCUGGUGGCACUCGUGCAGCCUUGGACAAUGACUGUUGACAAGACACAAUUGUCUUGCUGCCCUCUUGUGCCGGAAUUUAUGUUUCUCUCAAUGAACCGCAGCUGCACGAGUGCUACCGUCGCUGGGGAUACUGUAGCACUACCCAGUUUCUGGAGUGAAACGGCUUCAUCGUGUUUUUUUACUCAAUGAUGGACCACAGCUGUCUGGUUCUGGUGGCACUCGUGCAGCCUUGGACAAUGACUGUUGACAAGACACAAUUGUCUUGCUGCCCUCUUGUGCCGGAAUUUAUGUUUCUCUCAACGAACCGCAGCUCCCCCAGUGUCGACGGCACUCGUGCACCAUGCUUGACUGCAGGCAAGGUAAUGAUUUUUUCAUCUAUUGAGAUGACAAUUGUGGUGUUGACUCAUUUUUACGGCAUAGUUUAUACUGCAAUACAAGCUGUAUGUACACCGACUACUACAAAGUACAGCCAAUAGGAACAUCCCUAAAAAGUAUACAAAUAUUAUCUUCCAGAGUGAAAUAGUUUGCGUCCUUAUGAUGACUUGGAGUGAAAAUAGGAUGGAAUUAUUUAAGGAAAUAGCAUCGAUGUGAAUCAGCAUGGUGGCAUUUGGGGACAUGAUGUAUUCUGGGAGGACGCGCUGUUUGCUGUACAUUUAUUAACCUUCCCGGUGUUUGUGUGUGUGUGAGUGUGUGUGUUUGUGUGUGUGUAUUUGUGUGUGUGUGUGUAAGUGUGAUGGCAGCUAGAACUGAAAGCCUUUGGAGGCUUUGCCAACCUGGACUGCAAAGAUAUUUUGACCUUUCAAGGAGCGACGAAAUGACCUUCACUGGGAUGUUGUUCUUCCAGCUAAAACAUAAUCCCCUCCCGGAAAGAAGCUUCUGUAAUCAACUCUUUACACAAGUCCUUCCGUGGCCCCCACCCCGACGAACGACAGCAUCUCCUUCUGGUUCCUGUCGCUGGAGCGCCAAAGCAGCAUGUGGUGGCAGCAGAGAGCCCAAUGGACUAUAUAAAGAUCCUUAAAUCGAGAAGAAAAAGAGCAGCUACGUCACUGCCGGUUUGUGCUUCUUUCCGCAGACCAAAGACUUGAGCUCUGCUACUGGCAAUAUUGACCAUGUCGGCCACGGCCGCCAUGUUGUGACUGACUGGACGCUUCUUUGGUAAUUAUCCAUGGUGUCGGGUUCUGCACUCAUGGAGCCGUCCGCUAAGCCAGGAACCAACCAGGUGUCUGAUGUGGUGUUUGUCAUCGAAGGGACAGCAAACCUUGGACCCUACUUUGAAUCACUAAGGAAGAAUUACAUACUUCCUGCUAUCGAAUGUUUCAAUGGAGGACCGCCAGCAGAAACAGACUUUGGAGGCGAUUAUGGAGGGACUCAGUACGGCCUUGUGGUGUUCAACACAGUGGACUGCGCCCCGGAGUCGUACGUCCAGUGUCACGCUCCCACCAGCUCUGCUUUUGAGUUUGUCUCCUGGAUCGACAGCAUCCAGUUCAUGGGAGGUGGAGCGGAGAGCUGCAGCCUGAUCGCGGAAGGUCUCUCUGUGGCCUUACAGCUCUUUGACGACUUUAAGAAGAUGAGAGAACAAAUAGGUCAAACACACAAAGUGUGUGUCCUCCUGUGUAACUCUCCACCGUACUUGCUUCCUGCCGUGGAGAGCGUCAGCUACACCGGCUGCACCGUGGACAACCUGGUGAAAAUCAUCAGAGAUAGAGGAAUUCACUUCUCUGUGGUGGCCCCACGGAAACUGCCUGCCCUGAGAGCAUUGUUCGAGCGAGCCUCUGUAGGGGGCGCCGUCGAACCCCACCCAGACUACAGUCAAGACCCCUUUCACAUGGUGCUGGUCAGGGGCAUUUCACUCCCUGUGUCCUCGGGUGCAGGUCCCGGGCCCUUAAAGCCCGUCCUCCCACCUCAGCAGCUGACCGUCAAUCAGCCUCUCGUCGGCGGCCCGCAGCCCGCCCCCCCCAUGAGCGCGGCUCAUCCUUAUCAGAAUCCACCCACCAUGACUGCUGCUCAGGUGGCCGCACAGAUGGUUGUGGAGGCAGCCAAAGGCCAGAAGAACCGAUUCUCGGGGAUGGUCAAUCAGGGCCCGCCGUUCGCCGGCCAGCAGCCCAUCCCGUCUCUGUCGGGCGUGAAGCUGAGCCAGCCAAACAUCUCCACCGUCACCACGGCCAAUCAGCCCAUGAUGCCGCAGCAGCAGGUGGCUCCCAACCCGCAGCAAGCGGUGCCCGCGCCUGGACAGCCCGCCCCCAAUCAGCAGCCUCCGCCGCCCCCUCAGCAGCAGCCUGCGCCGAACCAACCCACACCGCAGGCGGGACAAGCCAACAUGCCGGUGGUGUCAGCACCAACAGGAAACCCAAAUCCAAUGGGACAGCAGCAAGGCAUGGCCAACAAGAUUGUGGCGUGGAGCGGCGUGCUGGAGUGGCAGGAGAAGCCCAAAGCCUCCUCCAUGGACUCGGCCACCAACCUGACGCGCUCGCUGCCGUGUCAAGUGCAAGUCAACCAAGGAGAGAACCUAAACACGGACCAGUGGCCUCAGAAGCUCAUCAUGCAGCUCAUCCCGCAGCAGCUUUUGACAACUUUAGGUCACCUCUUCAGGAACUCUCGCAUGGUUCAGUUUCUCUUCACCAACAAGGACAUGGAGUCUCUGAAAGGCCUCUACCGCAUUAUGGGCAACGGUUUUGCCGGCUGCGUCCACUUCCCCCACACCACGUCGCCCUGCGAGGUGCGGGUGCUCAUGCUGCUCUACUCGUCCAAGAAGAGAAUCUUCAUGGGCCUCAUCCCCAACGACCAGAGCGGCUUCGUCAACUGCAUCCGGCAGGUCAUCACCAACCACAAGCAGAUCCAGCAGCACAGAGCGCAGCUGGGCGGUGCUGGAGGGCCCAUGCAGCCUGGGCAGGUUCCCAACCAGAACUUCCUCAACAGGCCCCCAGGCCCCAUCCCCGUCUCUCAUGGCAACGUGCAGCAGCAGUCGGUGGUGGUGGGCAUGCCCCCUGUUAGUCAGGUCACUAUGAUGGAGGAGCAGCAGAGGCAGAACAACAUGAUGACCAUGAGAGCCGCCGGGCCCAACAACCAGCAGCCGCCCGUCAGCGGCGCUCCACCCAAUCAGGUCACCCAGGGCGGGCAAGCCCCGCCUCAGGGUCCCAUACUCCGCCUCUCAAACCCGGGCGCCAAUCCACAGCUUCGCAGUCUCCUCCUCAGCCAGCAGCAGCCGCAGGGGGGCGUGUCCCACAUGCCCGGAAUGAUGUCACACCAGGGGCUCGGCCAGCAGAUGGUCCACUCGGCACCAGGAGGGGGCGCUCAAAUGCAGGCCCAGUGGCGGCAGCCCAUGGCAGGUCAGAUGCUGAUGUCCGGAGCCCAAAGAGGCGCCGUCCCCCAGCCCGGGAUGCCGCAGGUGUCCAGCGUCAUGGAGGACGAAAUCAUCAUGGGCCUCAUCUGAGGGACCUUCCCAGGAUCAGGAAUGUUGCUUUCAGUUGAAUCCCGGAUGCGCUUUGCCGGUUGGGACACAAACAUGCACUCUUUUUUUUCCUUUUUUUAAACGGCGUGUAGCUUAGAGCUCGGACACGAUGAAGCAAGACGGGACGGAGCGUGUGACGUGAAUUAUGCUAGCGUUAGUUUGACGCUAAUCAUUCCUUCAUCAUCAUCAUCGUGCUAUCAUGUGCUCCUUUUUAACUGGCAUCCUACCAUUUCUGCUUGCCCCUCCCUUAAUUAUGGAUAGUUUUUUAUGAGGAUGAUAAUGAAUACACUGUAGGAACAGGAAUGGUUGAUUUCCAUUAGGCCACGCCUCACACUGAAAUAAACACAGUACAUUGUGUGCUUUUUUUUUUUGCUGCCAAAUUGUGUCACAGUGUUAAUUUUAACUGCUCCAAUAUGUCGCAGAGCCACCCAGAGUGCACCCGUGCCAAGUAGUCCUACCAGAUGGCAUCGCUUGGCCGUGCUUUUCCUGGCAUCGCCGCCAAUCAGGCUGCACUCCGCCGCCAGCGCAAACGCCGUCGCUGCCGUGCAGACGCGCGUCUCCCUCGCAUGUCCACACCGGUCGACCCCGAACGCCGCCACACCGAGAAGGGAAGUGAUGUCAGUCCCCGGUCGCCUGGGAGAUGGUUGCUAAGCUACCGUGACAGUGGGCUCUUGUUUGCGAGCGCCUGCUCCCUUUUUCACCCGGAGCUUGCGCAGAUAGACACUAGUCCCUCAGUGGCGGCUGCUCAUCCCUUAAUCACCGGCAGGCCCCUUGGAGCCCGACUUAGCUUUGCUAGUCUACCUUCUUCUGUCUCGCUCACCACCUCCGCUUAUGUGCCUCCAUCGCCGCGUCGCACUAUUAGUGCUUGUCUGCGCUCCUACGCUCGCCUCCAUCACAAAAACGUCCACGUGAUGAAUUGCUGCAGCAUAAAGACAUCCGUGACUGGAGACGUGCACCUUCAGAUGUCCUUCACUUCCUGUUUGAGAGCAUCACAGUAGCACCUUGUGGACUUCCAUCACGCCGAGAGAACCUCGAAAGCAAGGGCCCUCAAACUU